AGCCGCUUGCGUGCCCUUCAACAGCUCCCUCCGCCCGGCCGUCGCGGAGAGGAGCGGGGAGCGCGCGCCGGCGCCAGAGACGUGCGCGAGACGCACGGCCCCGAGCCGAGCGCCGGAAGCAGCCGGGUCUGGGCCUCGCGCGUCGCGCGCGCCUCCUCCCCCUCCGCCAGCCGCCGCGGCCUCGCGCGCGCGCACUGAGGCGCCGCCGCCGCCGCCGCGGCUGCUGCAGGAGGCGGCGCUGGCUGGCGGCUGCGCUCGCUCCAGUCGGCGAGCGGAGCAGCGAGCGAGCGUGUGUGUGUUUUUUAAAGAUGGCCGGAGCGGCGGCGGCGGUGGCCGCGGGAGCAGCAGCUGGAGCCGCCGCGGCAGCCGUGUCGGUGGCGGCUCCCGGCCGGGCCUCGGCGCCUCCGCCGCCCCCGCCCGUGUACUGUGUGUGCCGGCAGCCGUACGACGUGAACCGCUUCAUGAUCGAGUGCGAUAUCUGCAAGGACUGGUUCCACGGCAGCUGUGUUGGAGUAGAAGAACAUCAUGCUGUUGACAUUGACCUGUAUCACUGUCCCAACUGUGCAGUUUUACAUGGUUCCUCCUUGAUGAAAAAGAGGAGGAACUGGCACAGGCAUGACUACACAGAAAUUGAUGAUGGUUCCAAACCAGUGCAAGCUGGAACUAGAACUUUCAUUAAGGAAUUACGCUCUCGAGUCUUCCCAAGUGCCGAUGAAAUAAUUAUAAAGAUGCAUGGCAGCCAGCUGACACAAAGAUAUCUGGAGAAACAUGGAUUUGAUGUCCCUAUUAUGGUCCCUAAAUUAGAUGAUCUAGGACUCAGGCUCCCUCCACCUACAUUUUCUGUGAUGGAUGUGGAACGUUAUGUAGGUGGUGACAAAGUGAUAGAUGUCAUUGAUGUGGCGAGGCAGGCAGACAGCAAAAUGACACUUCACAAUUAUGUUAAAUACUUCAUGAAUCCUAACAGACCAAAAGUGUUAAAUGUGAUCAGCCUUGAAUUUUCAGAUACAAAGAUGUCUGAAUUGGUGGAGGUCCCUGAUAUAGCCAAAAAACUUUCCUGGGUGGAAAAUUAUUGGCCAGAUGAUUCAGUCUUUCCCAAGCCAUUUGUUCAGAAAUAUUGCUUAAUGGGAGUUCAAGACAGCUAUACAGAUUUCCACAUUGACUUCGGUGGAACUUCAGUCUGGUACCAUGUCCUCUGGGGUGAGAAGAUUUUUUAUUUAAUAAAGCCAACAGAUGAAAAUUUGGCACGUUAUGAAUCUUGGAGUUCAUCUGUGACCCAGAGUGAGGUGUUCUUUGGAGAUAAGGUGGAUAAAUGCUACAAAUGUGUGGUAAAGCAGGGACAUACCUUAUUUGUUCCUACAGGGUGGAUCCAUGCUGUGCUCACUUCUCAGGACUGUAUGGCUUUUGGGGGGAACUUCCUGCACAACCUUAACAUUGGCAUGCAGCUCAGGUGUUAUGAGAUGGAGAAAAGGCUAAAAACACCAGAUCUUUUCAAAUUCCCUUUCUUUGAAGCCAUAUGUUGGUUUGUAGCCAAAAACUUGCUGGAAACCCUGAAAGAACUGAGAGAAGAUGGUUUCCAGCCUCAAACUUACCUAGUACAGGGAGUGAAAGCACUGCAUACUGCUUUAAAAUUAUGGAUGAAAAAAGAACUUGUAUCUGAACAUGCCUUUGAAAUUCCAGACAAUGUUAGACCUGGACACCUUAUUAAAGAACUUUCUAAAGUAAUUCGAGCAAUAGAGGAGGAAAACGGCAAACCAGUUAAAUCUCAGGGAAUUCCUAUUGUGUGUCCAGUUUCACGAUCUUCAAAUGAAGCAACUUCCCCAUACCAUUCCCGAAGAAAGAUGAGGAAACUUCGAGAUCAUAAUGUCCGAACUCCUUCUAACCUAGACAUCCUAGAGCUCCACACAAGGGAGGUUCUCAAAAGAUUAGAGAUGUGUCCAUGGGAAGAGGACAUCUUGAGCUCUAAACUGAAUGGAAAAUUCAACAAACAUCUCCAACCAUCCUCCACGGUACCUGAAUGGAGAGCGAAAGAUAAUGAUCUACGAUUACUGCUGACAAAUGGAAGAAUAAUUAAAGAUGAAAGACAGCCGUUUGCAGAUCAGAGUCUUUAUACAGCAGAUAGUGAAAAUGAAGAGGAUAAAAGAAGGACAAAAAAGGCAAAAAUGAAGAUAGAAGAGAGUUCAGGAACAGAGGGAGUGGAACAUGAAGAAUCUCAAAAACCACUGAACAGGUUUUUUACACAUGUGAAAUCAGAACUCAGGAGUAGAUCAUCAGGAUAUUCUGAUAUUUCUGAGUCAGAAGACUCCGGACCCGAGUGCACUGCACUGAAAAAUAUCUUUACCACUGAAGAGUCUGAAAGUUCAGGUGAUGAAAAGAAACAAGAAAUAACAUCCAACUUUAAGGAGGAAUCUAAUGUGAUGAGGAACUUCCUUCAAAAGAGCCAGAAGCCAUCUAGAAGUGAAAUUCCAAUUAAAAGGGAAUGUCCUACCUCGACGAGCACAGAGGAAGAAGCUAUUCAGGGCAUGCUGUCUAUGGCAGGGUUGCACUAUUCCACGUGUUUACAAAGGCAAAUACAAAGCACAGACUGCAGUGGUGAAAGAAACUCUCUCCAGGAUCCCAGCAGCUGCCAUAGCAGUAACCAUGAGGUCAGGCAGUUGUAUCGCUAUGAUAAACCAGUGGAAUGUGGAUACCAUGUCAAGACUGAAGAUCCAGACUUGAGGACUUCCUCCUGGAUUAAACAGUUUGAUACUUCCAGAUUUAAUCCUCAGGAUCUAAGUAGAAGCCAGAAAUGCAUCAAAAAGGAAGGGUCAUCAGAAAUUAGUCAGAGGGGACAAAGUACGAAUUAUGUGGACAGCAGCGGCUCAGGCCUUCAGAAUGGAAAGUAUAUGCAGAAUUCAAACCUGACUUCGGGGGCAUGCCAGAUAAGUAAUGGCAGUCUAAGCCCAGAAAGGCCAGUUGGUGAAACUUCCUUCUCGGUGCCCCUUCACCCCACCAAGAGACCGGCAUCAAAUCCACCACCUAUCAGCAACCAGGCAACAAAAGGUAAACGUCCAAAAAAAGGAAUGGCAACAGCCAAACAACGUCUUGGGAAGAUCCUUAAGUUGAACAGAAAUGGCCAUGCACGUUUCUUUGUGUGACAGAGCUGCUGUUGCAGCCAUUCUUCCCUUUGGAGACCAGUCUAGGGGUGCAGGAGCCUGGAGCUUCCGCUGUCCUCCUGCCUGGAGCAGUUUGUGUGUAUAGUAAGAACACUGCCCGAAGAACAGAAUGAACCUGAUGCUGCAUUUUCACUGUGCCACACCCACUCAGCAAUAACCAUUUUGGACCUGGUGGGGGAGAGGAAGGAGGAGGGUAGAACCUUAAAAAGAGACCUUGAACUGGAAAGGGUCUCUUGUCAGGGCUUGAAUUUUAUUUUGUUGUUGGUAGUGUCUUGAUGUAUUUUCAGUGGUAGGGUAAAGAAUUAUCAAUAAUUUAUUUAACAGAUUUUUUUUUAAAGUUAACAGCUUUUAAAUUCUUUUUUUAAAGCUAUUUAUUUGGAAGAUUUCUGGAGAAAUAUCUCACUAAUUUAGAUGUAAGAAUGUGAAGGUUUUUAAAUUAUUUUUGAUAGUGUGUGUGUUACAUGUGGGGAAGGGCCACAGUAACAGUAACUAGUCUGGACUCUUAAAUUUGAUAUUCAGGUUAAAGUCUUAAACAGGGAUUUGAUGCAUUAAUUAUUUUAAAUUAAGAUGUAUAUGAAAAUCAUUUUAUUUUAUAUAUUUCAUGUGUUUUUUAUAAGCUAUUAGCUUCGCUUUUGCUAACAUCCAAGGUGCAUACUGUUAUCCAGGUUGAUUACCUUAUAUCCCACCUUCCCUCUGCACUCCCCAUCAUUUUGUGAUGACCCAGUAAGACUCUUCUCUUUGCAGGGAAACACUUUCGUAGCCAAUGUGUAAGAACUCCAUAAAAGAUCCCUCAUUUCUCAUUUCGUUUGACAUUGUGAUUUUCUUCUCAAUAUUAAAAAAAAAUAGGCUUUUGCAUUUUCAUUUCUGCUGAUGAUAUCUGGGUCCCAAAGAGAACAGCUUUAAUAUAUUUUUCCUACUUGUGGGAAAAGUAUUAUAAGUUUGGUUAAAUUGUCAUGUUUAUAGUUUUUCCAAAUACAUUUGUAACAGCAGGCCUUCUUCGUACUGCUGGUGUUGGACAACAGGACUGACACCUGCUGCGGAGGUUAUACCUUAUGAUGCUUUUAUUCUCCAUACCUGAUUUGUUGGAAAAUGUUAUUUGACUUAGGAUAUUCAAAUCUGCAUAAUAAGCCGUAAUAUAAUAGGAUUAAUACUACAUUAAGUUGUAUAGAAGCAAGCAUGUUGGAACAGAUCUUUUGUGUGUAUUUACUUUUUUUAUUUCUUAAUUUUCUAAAGAAUUACUUAAGAUAUGGAUUUGGAGUAAAAUGGGUGCUUUUGGCAGUUUCUUCCAUGUAUCCUAACCUGACCAUUGCAUAUUGAGGUUAAGUAUCUGGUUAAACUUUAAGGUAUUCAUUUAUCUCCUUUAUGUAUGAUUUUUACUAAAUGCCAGUUUUCAGUUGCUUAUAGUAGCUUAUAUUUUCCCUUUUUUCCAUCCAUGGCAUAAAAAUAAGUGAUUUCUGGGGGUGGGGCAGAAAUGUUCCCAAAUCUGACAGUAGAGCAUUUUACAAAUUCCUACAAAGAAAAUAUAGGCAAAUAGAUAAAAUUUAUUUUUAUGGAGAAGAAAUAAUGGCCAUAUUAUGGAUUUGUCUUUUUUUAUUCAGCAAGAUAGCAAGACUUACCCUUCUCUAUUAAGUAUCAGUUGAAUUGCUAAGAAGAAAAAAGUCUGUACCAUCGUCUUUCAUGGUUGCAUUCAAAUGUGUAUUUUCAAAGAGAAAUACUUCUUAGUGUCCCCAUUCCAAAAUGUCAUGGGAUAAAUAUGAAAUAGUUUAUGAAGUAGCCUUUCUGGUUCAGAGUGACUGGACCAAAGUUUGAAUCUUAUCUGGGUAUCAGGAAAAAGAAUUUUUAUAGAAAUCCUCAGUGUCUAUAAACAACCCGUGUAAACUCUGUCUACACUAUGCCAAAACCAGUGGAAAGAUGGGUAGAGUCAUCUUAUCUCAGGAUGUCAAAAAUCUGGGUUUGACUGAUUCCCCUACCUUCCCACACAGUAUAUUCUUGUGAUUGUUGCUUUUCUGUAGAUCCUGAGUUGGUGUUACAAUAGUCAUGUUUUUAUUUUGGGUUAAGAAAUAAGAGGUGUAAGAGCUGUAAUUUCCUUUUCCUAUUAUAUCAUGAUCUGGGUUUUCUUUUUUCCUUUACGUUUUUCACAACUCUUGAGUAUUUUCUGUUUUUUUCUUUAGCCACAAAAAUUAAAAUUAAACUUUAUUUUUAUGAAUUAAAA